UCCACUAUGGCUACUCGAUUGUUUGAGGGGAAAACCCAUGCAUCUUACUAUCAAAAAUAUAGGUUCUCUCCACCACAAGAGGUCCAGGACUUGAUAUUCAACUACAUCGGUGAAAGGCUAUCAAAGCCUUAUGGGUUUGCAGUGGAUGUUGGAUGUGGAACAGGACAAGGCACCAAGAUCUUGGUUCCUUACUUUGAAAAGAUCUUGGGGACAGAUAUCAGUCCUGCUCAAAUAGGAGAGGCUAACAAUGCUAAUGAUAGUCCAAAUGUUACUUACAGUGUUUCUCCAGCUGAGGAAAUGCCAGUGGAUGAUGCCUCUGUAGACCUUGUAACUGCAUGUGCUGCUGCCCACUGGUUCAAUAUUGAAGGUUUCUAUAAGGAGGUGGAUCGGAUGCUGAAACCUCGUGGUUGCCUUGCUAUUUGUACGUAUGUUUCUGACAUGGAAGUCCAUUACAAAGACAGAUCCGAACAGUUGACACAAGUCUUUAAAGAGGUGCAAGAAAAGUUGUCCCUAUAUGAAAAUGAGAAACUGAGAAUUGUGAAAACGGGUUACAAAGAGCUAUUUGAUGCCAUACCUUAUGCAGACAAAAAAUGGGUUGAAAAUAUGAGAACCAAAAUGCCAAUGUUGUUGUCAGACUUUUUGGGUCUCAUACAGACCUUCUCUACGUUCCAAAAUUUCCUUAAACGUGAAACCGAGAAAGCUGAGGAAUUUAUAGUGACAACAGAGAAAAGGUUCCUUGAAAUCCUGGGUGUAUCCUCCACGGAGAUCGACAUUGAAGUGUGGUUGAGCAAUGUAUGUUUGUUGGCCACCAAACCUAAGUGAAGGGAAUGUCUUGAUUAAACAAUAAAGCUGCCAAGCGCAACAAAGCUUU